AUGCUCUUCCUCGACGAUUCGUUCGACAUAUUUGAGUGGAACCCCUACUUCCAAUCCUGCGUUCGCUAUUUCCUCGACCACGCCCAGUACAACGGUGCCAUCCAAGCCCUAGCCGCGUACAUCAACAUCCAACUCCCCUUCCAACGAGCCCAUCACACGGCCCAACCCCUCCGACUCGUGCCAACCGUCCCAGGGGGGCCACAUUGCCUCUCACCAGCCGCCGCGACCGCAAACCCCUUCGGUCCGCCACCACCCCACCCGCACCCUUACCAACAGCAGCACCAAGCCUCCUACCACCACCACACCGCGCCGCAGCCGUACAUACGCCGGCUGCGGGGCGUGCGGCCGCUGCACGCGUACGAGCGGCGCAACUACCUGUCUGCAGCCAAGCGCGGCAGCUGGCUCGAGGUCAAGGGCGCCUACGACGUGCCGGGCGACGACGAGACGAUGCCGUUCCUCCGGCCGCUGCGGAACGUGUCGGAGGAGGAGAUUGUCAGGGCGAAGCGGGGUUGGCACGAGUGGCUUGCUAUGCAGAACUGUAUGCUGGGACCGAGAACGGUCGAGGUCAAAGGAAUGGCCGGGGCUCCCCAGGAGCUGCGGCGGCGGGGAGGAGUGGGGCGGGCGGAUGGCGGGGUGAUUGUUAAGCAGGAGGAGGACUGA